CGACCUUCUUCCAGCUUCUUCCAAAUGAAACACGGCUUCUUCUUCUCUCCGUAGCACAAGCUACUUCUUCUCUCCGUGGCUGCUACUUCUGCUUCUUCCGCCGCUGCCGCUGCCGCCGUUGCGUCGCACAAUCUCUCUCUGUCAUCCCUUGCGUCGCACGAGAUCCCUCCGCCGCCGCUCUCGUCGCAUCUACUCCCAUCGUCGCAGAGCUCUCUCUGCCGCCGCUCUCAUCGCAUCUGCUCCCUCUGGCUCCUCUUCCAUCUAAUCUCAACUCGCUCCCUCAGUUCUUCUCGUAACCAUAUCAAAUUUCAGGUUUACUCUAAUUUUGAUGAAUUAUUUUCUGCAAUCGAAGCUUUUUUGACCUAAAAUUCAUGAGAGCAGCAACUGGAAGGAGACUAUCGACAGCUUCACUCGCGAUUGAGGACUCACUUGGAAAGUAUAGCAUUUUAUGGUGGAGAGAUGAGAGAAGAUGCCCACAUUCAGCAGAAGUUUAAGACCUUGGUUAGGCAUUUGAGUAGUGUCCUACAUGACCAUUGGUGGUUUGGCAUGAUUCAGGACUUUUUAUUGAAGUACUUUGGUGCUACAGUUGCUGUUAUUCUGAUAAUUGAGCCUUUCUUUUCUGGCCAUCUAAGGUCUGACAGUUCAACUUUAGGGCAUGCAGAGAUGCUAAGCAAUCUAAGAUAUCAUACUAGUGUUAUUGUUUCCCUAUUUCAGUCACUGGGAACUCUUUUUAUUAGUGCAAGACGGCUCAAUCGACUCAGUGGUUAUGCUGAUCGCAUUCAUGAGUUAAUGGCUGUAUCAAGGGAGCUAAGCCUGGAGAAUGGGAAAUCUUCACUCCAAAGACGAGGAAGUAGAAGUUUCAUAAGUGAAGCUAACUACAUUGAAUUCUCUGGUGUCAAGAAAGGAGAAUCAGAUUCACUUAGAAAGUUCCCUUCUAAAUCUUGUCCUUUAAGAUACGGAACUACAAAGAUUCAAGAAGAUGCCCUCACUCUGUUUCAAGCUGCAUUAUGUGAAUUUUUGGGCUUUUGCAACUCUAAGACUCAUGGGAAUGAAAAUAACAACUGGGGAGUUACAUCACUGUCUGUUUCUACUAGUAAGAUUGUCCCCAUACCAUCUGUUGGAAUUGAAAUGCAGAGAAAAGCAACAUUGCCGUCCAGGGACGCAAAAAGCAGCAAUGCGAACAGCAUGAGCUCUACAACGGCAUUUGUGGUGCUGAAGUUCUCCCUCUUCUGUUUGCUUGCAGGAACCAGAUACAGAAAUUUGUGCAAAUUUCUGGGAUGCUUUUGGAUGAAAGCCAGGUCAGGUCCAUUGUUGACGAGAUAAAACAAGUGAUCACAGCUAGUUCAAGUAGGAAAAGAGAGAGGGCAGAGAGGACCAAAGCUGAAGAUUUUGAUGCUGAAGAGAGUGAGCUGAUUAAAGAGGAAAAUGAACAAGAGGAAGAAGUUUUUGAUCAAGUGGGAGAGAUAUUGGGAACUUUGAUCAAAACCUUCAAAGCCUCCUUCUUACCUUUCUUCGAUGAACUGUUAUCAUAUUUGACACCUUUGUGGGGAAGGGACAAGACACCUGAAGCGAGGAGAAUUGCCAUUUAUAUUAAAUCAUAAUCAUAGUCGAGGCAUUAUUGGUGCUUUGUAAUUCCUAAGGGGAAAUUAUACAAGAAAACUAAAAUAUAUAUUAUUGCCAUUUAUGUUGGUAAUAAGCUGCAUAAAUAUUCGAUCUUAAUGAAUCUGAGAUAUUUACAGUUUGAGGCUACUGCUUCAUCACCAGUCUGCAGUUGAUGCUGAUCAAUUGGAAGGGUCUGUGACAUCUCUAUCAAAUUUGGAUGAUUCUGAUUCUUCUAAAUAUCUAGUUCGGAAGAAGGUUCAAGAAUCCUUGGAAAACUUAAAGGAGGAGGCAGUUGUUCCUAAAAGGUCCAUUCGAUGGGAACUUGGUUCCAGUUGGAUACAGCAUCUGCAGAAAUAGGAAACAUCAAAAGAAUUUUUUAUAUGGUCGUUAUUUGCAUAACUUAGUAUAGUUGAACAAUAUAUUGAGUUUAUGUUUUGAAUUAUAGUUGAUGUAUCAACACACUUUGAUAUAUGGUUGUUAUUUAUUAUAGUUGAUGAUCAAUACAUUUUGUUUAUGUUUUGAAUUAUAUUGACUUGCUUGUUUAUAGUACUUUUCUUUUAGUUUGAUAAUACGAUGAA